AAAUACAUUCAGAUCAGACUCCCUCCUUUCAUCAGGGCCCCCGGCCCCCGAUUCCCUCCUUUCAUCAGGGCCCCCAUGAGAGCCCAUCACAUCAUCAGACUCCCUCCUUACAUCAGAGCCCCCAUGAGAGCCCAUCAUUUCAUCAGACUCCCUCCUUACAUCAGGGCCCCCAUGAGAGCCCACUGCUAUAUUCACUAUAUCCGCUCUCCCCCGGACCCCGCAUUCACUAUAUCCGCUCUCCCCGGACCCCGCAUUCACUAUAUCCGCUCGCCAAGGACCCCGCAUUCACUAUAUCCGCUCUCCCCCAGACCCCGCAUUCACUAUAUCCUCUCUCUCCCGGACCCGGCAUUCACUAUAUCCGCUCUCCCCGGACCCCGCAUUUACUAUAUCCACUCUCCCCGGACCCCGCAUUCACUAUAUCCGCUCUCCCCGAACCCUGCAUUUACUAUAUCAUUUCUCCCCGGACCCCGCAUUCACUAUAUCCGCUCUCCCCGGACCCCGCAUUCACUAUAUCCUCUCUUCCCGGACCCCGCAUUCACUAUAUCCUCUCUCCCCGGACCCCGCAUUCACUAUAUCCUCUCUCCCCGGACCCCGCAUUCACUAUAUCCGCUCUCCCCGGACCCCGCAUUCACUAUAUCCGCUCUCCCCGGACCCCGCAUUCACUAUAUCCACUCUCCCCGGACCCCGCAUUCACUAUAUCCUCUCUCC